AUGGACCAGGACCAUGGGUCUAACGUUCCACUUCGGGCCAGCAUUCCACGGCUGUCCCGUCUGCCCAUGCCACGUGCUAUGCCUUCCAGCGACAACAUGCGACUCACUGCUAGAAGUUCUACAGCUCCCGUGAUUCACAACGACGACCUGCGAAAGAACUCGACACUUCCACGUCCAGCAGGAUCAAAGACACCACUGAUAGAGACAUUCAACCACUCGAUUAAGGCGCGAUAUGCCUGGUCUGACGGCCCCCUCCGACCAAGAAGCGUGUCGCCGGUUCGAGAUGCCCUUCGAGACGCACAGAACGCGUCACUGGAUACCACUCCCCCCGGAUUAAACUCGGAAUUCCCAGUUUUCGAAGAUGGGAAUGAGAAUCCAAGCAUCACCAGCAAGGACAAUUCCGGAGCGGAGUUCAAGGAGCGGCGGCGGCCUCGACCCUCAUUAUCGGAGAGGACUAUCGAAACAUUAUCACAGAUUUCACCUUGUCCAUCCCCCGUUGGUAGAAGACCGAGCUUGGUUGGUACUGAUACUUCCAUGCCUCCUCCAAACCGCCCAGCAUCAAGCAUGAGAGAAUCUCGACCAAACACACCGGCGGCCCAACGUCCAGACUCACCAUCGAAACGUCCAUUUAGACCCCCGGGAAGGAUGUCGCCGACCAAGGAUGUCGGUGCUCUGCCCCCAGUCGUUUCACCUGGCAACAUAUAUACACCGCCCAAAGCUUUUGUCAGAGGUCGCGGUUCACGCAUCGCAAAGCUGCCUCAUGAAUCCAAACGAUCAGUGAGUUCCGCAUUGGGAGCCCCUGAACAGAAGCUUGACUCGACGCGUGCAGCUCACGCUCCGGUUUCAGCCAUGAAGUCCAAGCCGACAUAUAGUAGCAAGACGAUAGGACACACAUCGUCUUCUGGAAAGCCCUCGCUUGCCUCCAUCUUCAAAGAUCUUCCGACGUCGACUGGGACCAAGACUACCAAGCUGGCUGUUUCUGAACCUGAACAGCGUACUGGUCUGCUAAGAGCCAAAACGAGAGGGGAGAAUGCGAUCGCGCCUUCCACGCCCCCCUCGGCGCAGUCCAAGAAACAAAAAGCUCCUCCCAAAACCGAAACACCUGUUGCCGGGAUCGCGGAAGCGAAGAGUUCACCCAGGUCGUCGGCUGCUCUGCGAGAAACCAUUGCGAAAGCAAAGGCUGCGAAGAGAAAGGCACUGGAGAUAGGACAGGAUGUACCUCAUCAGCAAAUAUCAGGACGGCCAUGGCCUGUGGUUGGAAUUGAGCACGAAGUCCUUCCCGGUCAGGACAGUCAAGGCCUCCUACGGAAACGAAUCGCACAAGCUGUAACAUCCGGUAUUCUGAAUAUCGCAAGCAUGAGUCUGAAACGAAUGCCCACAGAAGUUAUGAACAUGUACGAGUCGGACAACAGCACGGCAAAAUGGUCGGAAAUGGUAGAUUUAAUCAAGUUGAUUGCAGCAGAUAACGAGAUCGAUCAGUUCGAAGAGGCAGUAUUUCCAGACUACUCCCCAGAAGAUAUGACGAAUGACGACGAAAAAACCAGCCAGUUUGGUGGACUGGAACACAUCAAUAUGCAGAGAAACCUGCUAUCUGCAAUUCCAAUUGGCCUCCGUCAACUCGAGAGACUACAAAUCUUGAACUUGAGUAACAACAGGUUGACUAAUGACGCCUUUAAAGUUAUUGGGCAAGUCCGGAAUCUUAAAGAACUGAUGCUCGGCGAAAAUAUUCUGAAUGGAAUCUUGGACUUUGGUGACCACCAACUCAACAACCUUCAAACCUUAGAUCUCCAUGGAAACGAUAUCGUUGGCCUCCAUGGGGACAGCUUCGGUUGCCUGAGGAGUUUGAAGUCGAUCAACCUUGCGGGCAACAAGAUGACUUCAAUCCAAUGGGAGCUUUUUGAGCGUCUGCCUCUCACAGAUCUCAAUGUCUCGAAGAACUGUCUCGUGAAUACGCUCUUUGAUGACGCUAUGAGCCUUCCCAGCCUCCGCGUCCUUGACGCUUCUCACAAUUCUCUGAAGGAGAUUGGUGGAGGGUCACUGGACCUACCUAGUCUUCGCUCGCUCGCGGUCAAUGCUAAUCGUCUAGCCAAGCUACCAAUCUUGGCUAAAUGCGCUUUGUUGCAGACCCUUCUCGCAUCUGAGAACGAGUUGGAGGAAUUGCCUGCUGGGUUCAUUGACUUGAAGGCUUUAAAGAGCGCGGAUUUUGCCCACAACAACAUUAGGACUAUCCACCCCGAGAUCGCGUUGAUGGAGGAGUUGAGCAGCCUCACCCUGGUCGGCAAUCCUCUGCGGGAAAAGAAAUUGUUGACUAUGAGCACGGCAGAGAUUAAGCAAGAUGCAGAAAGAAAACUCGAGACGCAACAUGAGGAUGCUGAUGUGUCGUCAGGAAGCCAAACCACCAGCAACUCUAAUCAGGCUCGCCACAAGUCAUCCAAGGGAAUCCUUGAUCUGUCUUCCCAAUCUCUCACCACCAUUAGCCCUGAUGAUGUUGAUCUCGACGGCUCCAGUGGCGGGAUACACACAUUGAAGCUAUCAAAUAACGAUCUCGCCACAUUUCCGUAUGAGCUACUCUCUCAUCCAGCCCUCAAGUAUUCAUUGCAAUCCUUGGACCUUAGUCACAACCCACUUCUGCAUCCAACCCAAUAUCUCACGUCUGAGCUGUUCCUCCCGAGUCUCAAAUGUUUGUACAUUGUGAGCACGGGGCUUACGUCGUUGGAUGCAUUGACCACUUAUAUGAAGGCACCUGCCCUCACCGAACUCAAUAUAUCAUGCCAUCGACUGGCCGGACGUGUUCCAUGGGUACGGGCAUGGUUCCCUAACUGCGUAACGCUCCUUGCUACGGACAACUGGUUUAACAGCAUUGACACCGAGGGUGUGCGAGGCCUAGAGGUUCUUGACAUCCGCAACAAUGAAAUCGAAAGCCUUCCCGCAAGGAUUGGAUUGUUUGGCAAUUUUAUUGGAUCCGCCAAAGAACCUGGCAAAUUAAAAAUAUUGGAAGUUAGUGGGAAUCGGUUCCGCGUGCCACGUCUGGCAGUGGUUGAGAAAGGGAGUGAAGCAGUGCUGAAAGAUUUAAGACGAAUGAUUCCUGAACAUGAGGUGCCUGAGGAGUGGAAGGACAUGGUAUGA